AUGCGGUCAGUACUAAGCCAUCCUCUUCUCUCUCUCUUCCUCCCGACUGUGUCGGGGAGAUGCCAAGUCCCCCCCCUGUCGCAGUGGGGUUCUUCACAUGCGAUUCAUGUGACAUUUCGACUUAUACGAGACACAGUGCAUUGUCGACGACGCAAAAUCCGAUGUCUUGUCGCGCCAGAUGAUACGGAAGGACGAUGCGAAAAUUGCAUCCGAUUGCGAAAGGACUGUCAAUUCUUCCCUGUCGACCAACAACCGCCUGUUGAGAAGAAAUCACGCCCAAGCUCACGGUUAGAAACACCUUCAGCUGAGCGCUCAGUCACUACACCAAUCUCUUCAUCCCCAAAUAACCUGGUUCCCGAUACCACCGAGACCUUCUAUCCAUACCCAACGAUGGCCAUGGAUACCCCCUCUGCUCCGGACAUGUCAACGUAUAAUGUUGGGAUGGUGCAAACUAACAUGAGCUUAACACCUGACCGACCAAUGGGACCUGCAGACUUCACUGGGCAUCAACCAAUGGACCCUGGAGUCGCAUGGGACGAAUUUACGACAAUAUCAGAUCCGCAAUUAUUGAAUACCAUGACGAACGGAAAGGGCCCAAUGAUGAAUAUGUCCCCCAAUAUGUGGACAGCAGGAAACAUUCCCUCUGGACUACCACCGCCCUCACCGAUAUCUGCAGCAUCCCCCAUGGGAAACCAAGCGCAGCCCAUGGCUCAAGCCCCAACAUACGCCAUGCAACCUGAUGGAAGUGUCUGGCAGGUACCUCCACCACCGCCACCCCGAACAAUGAGUUAUCCGGGCCAAGAAAUGGGCCAGUCCUACCCAAAUCAGUUCCAUCCUCAAAUGCCCCCCGAGCUCAAACGCAGAAUGACCACACCGGCACAGUCAUUGUCUGCCCCAAAUGCCAUGGCCGCCCCCAGUUCUCCAGGAACUUCCUCAAUGACCCCCGGCUCCGUCUCGUACCCACCAGGCAUGAACUAUAAUCAAUGGCAAGACAUGAGCGCUAUGUCCGGAAUGGGCGUCGUGCCUUACCCCAUGUAUGCCGGCGACGCAGUUCCCCAACAUCCAUACCCUACCAACCAUCCGAUGGGACACCCCGGGGCUUCAGGACGGUCCCCGAACUAA